GCAAGAAGGACACCGGAUACACGACGCCACUUCCAGCGGCGUUGCUGCAAGUGAAGCGAGCAACCACAAGUACAGCAGCCACACCAGCACAGCACAUACGGGCAGGGUGCUGACGCUUGUUGUUGUGCCGUGUUGUCGUGACAAGCACUCGCACCCACCAGCCACCCAGCACAGGCAAACAACGGCUCGCAGACACACGCAGGCAUUUGUUAGCAUAGGCUCAUCUACAGCCCAAGCGAGCGAGCGAGAUGCGGGUGCGAACAACGCUGGUGGCGCUGGUGACGAUGGCAUGCUUGGUGGUGGCUGGCUUCCUCUUGACAGUGUCACGCUAUCAGAGGGCCCCGACGGAUGCAUGGCUCUUGACCACAACCUCGGACGUCGGCAGUCACGCCAACCUUCACUCUGGUUUGAGGCAUGGCAAAGAGGAAGGCCGCGAAGCAGGAGCAGGGGGAUCGGCAGCUACGACAACGACCGUGAUGCACGCAACCACAUCGACGCCAGUCCCACUGCCGCAGGAUGCGGGCGACCAACCCAACAGCCCCGCCCCGCACAACGGCAAUGUCAAGCGCAUCUGCGGCCCCGGUAACACUCCCCUCACCCACAUCAAGUACAUCAAGACGCACAAGACAGGGAGCAGCACGCUGACCAACAUCUUGCACCGCUUUGGAGUCAAGCACGAUCUGAAGAUGGCACUGCCAAAGGACAAUGUGUUUUACGCGUGGCCGCAGGGAGACGAGCGCUCCAUUCCCGCGUCUGUCGAAUCCAUCAAGGGCAGUGCUCCCCCCUAUGAUAUGCUGUGCAGCGCGCACGUGCGCUACGUGAAGCCUGCGCUGGAAUCCGUCGUGCCAGGUGGCACAUAUGUGACUGUCCUCCGCCGGCCGACGUCACACUUCAUGUCGUCGUGGUCCCACUGGCACGUGUGGGAGCACAUCAUGCACCGCGGUGGUCCAGAGCUCACCCCAGACCAGUUCCUACAGGGAUUUGAGCAGUACCAGGGGUAUCUUGGCUUCGGCGACCGCAUCUUGCUGCUCAACAGCUACGCAUACGACCUCGGCAUCAGCCACCCGACACCCGGCAACAUCCAGCAGCUCAUCACGGAAAUGGAGGAGAACUUUGGGGUCGUCUUGAUCACGGAGCACAUGCUUGAGUCCCUCGUGCUGCUGAAGCGAACGUUGUGCUGGAGUCUGGAAGACGUGUUGCAUCUUGGGCUGAAAGUCUCCAAGCAGAAAGCAGCCGGAGCAACAGAUGCCAUUGCCGAGCACAGGCGCGAGUUGAUCCACGAGCUUGACUGGGCAGACACGCUGCUGUACGACCACUUCAACCGCUCCCUCUGGCGCCGCAUUGAGCAGGAGGACGGAUUCAUGCAGGAGGUUGAGGAGCUGAAGCGUCAGGUGCAGGUGUGGUCGGAGAGGUGUGCACCCCUCCAGCACUACGACGAGGAUGCACACAGGGUGUUUCUUGAGGAGCGACCGAAAAUUUCGGACGAGCAGCGUCUCUGCCACUACAUGUGGCUCGACUCAAAGGGUUUUGUGAAGCACUUGAAGAAGCGAGAAGGCUACCCAAUUGAGAAGCUCGAAUGCUGGGCAACACACGCUAACACAAAGAUUAUGUAUCUUGUGACGGAUCACCCGGCCGAUGACGCCGCAAUGAACGUCAUCGCGCAGGUCGUCGGCGGAUCGCGCGGGCGCGUGGCAACAGCUGAUUAUUCGCAGGGCCCAGACACCUCGCACCUCCCAGAUGGCAGCCUCCUUCCCCCGCCAAACCACAUCUUCAGAUCACCAGCAUCGACCGCUUUUAUGAUCACGGGAUUCACACAUACACGCCCCUUCAUGGACAGAAUGCACCAGGGACUCAUGUUCAUCGCAACGUUCAGGGAUCCUGUGUCCGAGUUUUUGGACACGUGGACGCGUCUUGACAUGCCUGGACGCAUGCGGAACAUUGAUCCGCAAAUCCCAUCGCCGCUGGACUCCUUCCUUGAUGAUCCGGACCACUGGCUCCAACUCCUCCGCAACGAGGAUGGCUUUGAUUACGGGCACCACCUCUUCAACCGCAACGCGUACAGAAUGGGCGUGUCCAGAAGUCCAAACAAGCACGAGAUUGACGAGGCAAAGAAGCAUGUGCUAUGGUUUGCACUCAUCAUGAUCGCAGAGAAGCCAGAUGAAAGCAUGGUGAUGCUGCGCCGGACGGUGUGCUGGACAAUCAAGGACGUCAUCAACUUUGACAUGGACCAGUGGAAGGCAUCGACCGCUUUUAACGUGAAAGACCACACGACGCGUGAUGAGCUCAUGAUAACGAAGCGCAUUUAUCAGCUCAACUGGAUCGACAAGACCUUGUAUGAUCUUGCAAGCAACGUCUUCCGCGAUAAAGUGGCAAGACAGGUGAGCUUCAAGGAAGAGUUGCAGCUCUAUCACGAACAACGCACCGCCCAUCUCGCCGCUUGCGAGGCGCACAAGGACGAGUCGAUGGCUGCGAAAUUGGUGGAGACAAUCCUGCAUCCCUCCCGCUGCCACGUCAUGUCACGCACACGCGACGAAACAUUUGCAGACGUGUCCUCAUCAGCAUCAGAGCCGUUCUCGCCUCCACCGCACCCGUAAACGCGACACACACAAUCACACAAUUGCACCACCCCCACGCUUCUUGUCGCCUUAAUCCCCCAUCUCUCUCCCUCUCAUUCUCCCAUUCUCUCUUCUGACUGUGUGUGUGUGUGUGUGUGUGUGUGUGUGUGUGUGU